CAACGGCUCGGCGGCGAGCGGAAGCAGGUUAAGUGCAUCCGCGUCCCACCGUUUUGCGCCGACGUCCUUUCGUUCUACGUUGACCCCGGAAGCCGGACGUGGGAGCUCAUAGUCAUCGUCUACGUGGUUUGCUCCGUAACGGCUAAUAACGAUUUCACCAGAUCGCCAGAUGGAACUCCGUCCGCGCCGAGUACCUGCCGAGUGUACUUUCUAAAGCGUGACUCAUGCUGUCAACGAGGGGGUAAAAGCUGGAAUGCCAUUCUGGAGAUCCGUCUAGUUUACCAGCCGCGAGCAGUAUUCAGGAUGAUGGAGGAACCACUGAGUCAAGGUGCCUCGCCGGCCAGCGAUGGCAAUUUGACGGCAGGUGGUAGCGGUGAUAUCAAUCCGUCCGCCAUAGCGAACCUGGACGAGAGGCUACUGGACAUCGCGUCGCGGCACACCUUGAAUGUCCUGAAGACGCCACCGACGAGGAAGGCCAAGCGCGUGCGUUUCUUUCGUAACGGCGACAAGUAUUACACGGGAGUGGUGAUGGCGGUGACGCCGGAGAGGUAUCGCAGCUUCGACAGCCUCGCUUCCGACCUGACGCGCGCUCUGGUAUCGAGCGUGACCCUGCCGAAUGGUGUCCGGUCGAUCUACACGAUGGACGGUCGCAAGGUGCAGAGCGUGAGCGACCUGGAGGACGGCAAGUGCUACGUGGUAUCUGGCCAAGGGGAGGUUUUCAAGAAGGUCGAGUACUCGGCGUCCAAGGUUCGACGCGGCAGCUCCCUGUCCGGACUGCCACAGUCACCGGCGGCCGGCGGUGGCGGCGGUAGCGGCGGCGGUACCGGCAGGCAGACCAGCGCCAUUCCGCUGUGCGUGAAAGCGCGCAUCGUGACGCUGAUCCGCCACGGUACCAAGCCGCGCAAGGUGGUGCGGCUGCUACUGAACAAGCGCAAUGCGCCGAGCCUCGAGCAUGCAAUGGAAGCGAUCACGGAGGCGGUGAAGCUCGAUUCCGGUGCGGUGAGAAAAGUAUAUACGCAGUCAGGUCAGCACGUGACUUCGCUCGAGCAAUUCUUCGGAGACGACGACAUCUUCGUGGCGUACGGCCCGGAAAAACCCGGGCAGGAUGAUUUCGAGCUGGAUUUCGAGGAGAACAAGUUCGUGCAGAGCUUCCGCCGUUGCCCGUGGAGUUCGAAGCGACUGGGUGGCCCGAUGCCGCGGAUGCCGAGGAAAUCUGGGAAGAAGACUCUCACCACGCCACAGGUCAGAACCCCUAGCCCAUCGUCAUUGAUACUGCCGCAGCCGUUGAGGCUGCACUAUACCGUGGGGCAUGUCAUCGGAGAUGGAAACUUCGCCGUCGUCAGGCAUUGCACUCAUAAAGCUAGCGGCGCUGAAUACGCAAUGAAAAUCGUGGACAAAUAUAAGUGUCAGGGGAAGGAAACGAUGCUGGCAAGCGAAGUGGCGAUCCUAAGGCAGGUUUGCCAUCCGAACAUAAUCAGCUUAAUUGCGGAACAAGAAACUGCCGAUCAACUGUUCUUGGUGAUGGAGCUCGUUACGGGAGGAGACUUGUUCGACGCGAUUGCCGCGGCAACGAAAUUCUCCGAGGCAGAGGCCAGUGUAAUGAUCGGUCAUUUGACUUCCGCUCUGGCUUAUCUGCAUUCACAUCACAUUGUACAUCGUGACGUAAAACCAGAGAACCUUUUGGUCGAGAUGGAUGGCAGUCACGUUAGGUGCUUAAAAUUAGGCGAUUUCGGGCUCGCACAGGUUGUGCGAGAACCUCUGUAUACGGUUUGCGGUACGCCCACUUACGUGGCACCGGAAAUUCUUAUUGAGAGCGGAUACGGUUUAAAGAUUGAUGUGUGGGCGGCCGGUGUGAUCUUAUAUAUUCUGCUGUGCGGUUUUCCGCCUUUCGUAUCGCCGGAGAACGAGCAACAAGAGCUGUUUGAACGAAUUUUGAGCGGCCAAUAUGAGUUUACAUCACCAUAUUGGGACAACACAUCGGAUUCUGCGAAACAACUUAUCUCAAACAUGCUACAGGCACAGCCGGAGUUACGUUUCAGCGCCGAGGACGUGCUGGAUCAUCCGUGGCUUGCGCAGAGCUUUCUAGGAGGCGAGCAGACCGCAGCAGCAACAGCCACCGACGCAUCGGCGCAGCAAUACCGGAAUCAGCAGUGUAAGCCGAUAAGGCUGGCUACCUUCGAAUUCGACUUCAAAAAGCAACGCAGCCAACGGCAAGACAACGGCGCUGGGACCGAGUGGAAGGACGUCGAUCAUCGUGACGUCGCAGACUCCAUCGAUAUUCAGCAGAGGGCGGGGCAGCAGGGUCGCGAUGAGAUUGACUUCGCUAAUGGCAAUUACAACGAGGGCGAGCCGUUGUCUUUCAGUCCUGAUUACCUCAAGGACAUCGAUAACCUCAGUCGGUCUAUGCACGAACUGAUCGACAAUCUGAACGACAACAGAACGUCGCGACGCCGUCUCAAGUCGCGAAGUGCCGCCUCGUCGCUCAACAGUAUCCCCGAGAAUCUGUCCUGCAAUUAUCACAGCAGCUCGUCGAUCCACCGCGACGAUAUCGCGGAUAGAACUGCGGCCACGCCCGAGAACGUUCAGGGCGAUCGGAAGAACGGAAACUCGUCUAGCGAGUCAAAAUACUCGAGUUGCGAGACACCCAAAUCGACCAAGUCCUCCGCACCGAGUUGGCACAACAGGCACAACCGCGGGAGUCUGUACGGCGCUAAUCGCGACGGCAGUUUCGACACCGACGACUUCCGCAACAGCAACGCGACCGCGUCGACGUCGAGCGACAGCUUGACCGGCGGCAGCUCGACCGGCAAUGACAUCGAGACGUCCGACAGUUUCGUGAACAUCCAAUUCGCGCGGCUGGCACGCGGGCAGAAGUCGAGCUCAACGCAGAGCAUGGAAUCGACCGACAGUUUCGAAAACGUGAGCUUCCGGUAUACGGGCAAUGCGAAUAAUCGACCUUCGCAGAUCCCCUUGAAACUCGCAAUCAAUCCGGACAAGAACAAGUCCCCUUCGAAGCUGCUGCAAACUCGAAUCGCCGCAUUGAACAUGUCGAAGUUGCCCAAGCUCGACAAUCGGCCCGAUAGGAAGAACCAUAACAGCCUAAGAGCCCAAGAAACGGGCAAAUGUACAAAAAACGAGUCAGUGAAGUUGCGACACGAGAGGUACGUUAACAAGAAGAGUCAGAUGAACGUCAGGAGCAAGAGAUACAGCUGCUUCUCGCCGUGCGUGACGAAGAGGACGCCCGAAGAAGUCGGUGGCGGCGAUGGCAAGGUUGCGCAACGGAGGUUCAGCUCGACGGACGAGUUGCGGGACCAGAACGAGCAGCGACAGCAAAAACCAGCAGCGCGGACGAAACGCUUCAGCUUGUAUUACACGCCGCCACCGCCGCGCAAAACGUACCACAGCGAGGCGAAAGUCGGGAAAGUCGCGGUCAAGCCGAUCGGUCGCGUCCACAAGUCCGAGGCGCAUAAAGUAAGGAACAGCCAGGAAGCGGAGAGGACGGACAAGAGUCGCAGAUCGGUGGUGGACGCCUCAACGGUUGCCAGCAGGAGCAAGUCUAACAGGCAGAACGUUCACGCGAGGCCGAGUGUCGUGUUGAAUGCGAACAGGACGAAGUGAUGACGGGUGGCGAAGGAACGAGGUGAUUCACCAACGGGGACGCGCAGUUUACUCGUAACAUAAAAUUGAGAAAUGAAAUCCAAAGUCCAACGUAAUUAACUUUUUACGAAUGAGUGUGAGGACGGUCGGCCGACUGCUCCUGGGUGUGUUACGGGACGAUGAGGCUGAAAGAGCAGGCCUCGGCGAAGACUAUCUUCCACCAGAAGCACUGUAUAUGCGUUGAGAAAGAUCUGUGUCACUUCGAGUUUGACUAAAUUGCAAGUGGAAUUAUGAGAAAGUAGAGGUAGCGAGUCUCGAUAUUUUGCGAGUUUGGAAACGAUCGUUACAUUUAUUCCAGUUCUUCAUUUUUUAAUUCUUCUCAAAUAAUUAAAUUAAGAAAUAUAUUAACGCCAACGAAGAGCAUCAUAAUUUUAAAAUUGUUGAAUUUUUAAGAAUUCAUUUGGGUCUUAAACAAUUGUGCGACGUUCCUUUUUAGAUCUGCAAAGAGAAUUAUCGUGUAACUUGUUUUUAUACAUUUAAUAAUGAAAUGAGAAAAUGAUUCUGAGUAAAAAUACAUGAAAAUAUAUUUAUGGUACUUUUUGUUGGUGUUACCAAGAUCCUUAAACUCUACUGGUUAUCUGAUGCAGUAAGCGAGGUGACACAAUUUUUUUCCAACUCGUAUAUAUUUCCAUAGAAUUCCUAUUCAUGAUCGGAUGGCCGAGAGAAAGAGACCAAAGACAAAUUAUCGUGCAAUGCCGACAUUUUUCUUAAGAUUAGAACGAUCGGAAAUUUAUAACUGCGAAAAUUGCACUCAUCAGUGUUAACUCCCAGAAUCGAUCUGGACAUUCUGGCAAUAAAUCCUGGUUAUGAUGCGUCCCUUUUUAGACAUUAUCCUUAGUUGUAGAAUAGGAGGAGUAUAAUAUCUAAUCAACCGCGCGAUUAGCGACGUUGAUGUAAGCGGUUCUGAAUCGUCCGGGAUUGGAAGGAGAUUGGCGACAGCAGCGUUGAAACGACGGUGGGUCGAUAAUGAAUGACAAUGAUUAGGAGUAGCACAGGUGAGCUGCGAAUAGCGAGUUAAGAACAAAACAUGCCAAAUGCAUUUAAGUAGGUUAUUUUGUAUCGGAUGUGUACGUAAGUCUAGCUAAGCUAGUAGAUAAAGCGCAGACGAGGCAUGGUAUCCGACCCUUUCGGUUCCCCGCGAUGUGAAGGAAAUUUUAACAGGACUCACGUUAGUUAACAAUUUUACGGCAAUUCUUUUAGCGUGCUUUAUUUAUAUUUAUUGCUUGCAGACCCCGUUUUUAAUAAAAAAAAGUAAGUGUUUUUCCAGAUAGAUUUUAGGCUGAAAGAUACCAAAUACUUUCCUGAAAAUGCAGGGCCGAAAGGGAUAACUAGAUGGUAUGUGGGAGAGCUACGCUUCAUUUUCGAGGAGAUCGCGAGUGAUUGGUCUUAAUAACGCGAACAGUUUUGUAACGAGCAGCAAAGGGCAACGGACGAUUUCGAGAUGGCGGAUGUGAGGGUGGCGCGUGUGCCAAAUUCGCGCUUGAGGAAAAGCGAAAAGGAGAUAAUUAUUUUUGUAAAGAGGGGAGGAGGACAGAAGUAGAGGCGAAAUCGCGCUAGAGCAAUAAUUGUAAAACUUUAUGAACGAACAGUGCACGCGCUGCAAGAAGGCGGAGAAAGAGAGAGACGACCAAUUAUUCAAAUUAUUUUUGUAGGCGUUGAUAACUCGAGCGAUUUUCAAUAGGGAGAACCGUUACGCGAGAUCGUCGAUUCGACGAGAAAGAGACCACUUUAAUGUCGCCCUUUGUCGCUCGCUCGUUGUAAAUUUAAUGAUCUCACCUAUCGUCGCGGCGGUCCUCCGACGACUUUUGUAACGCGUGAUCGUGAUCGUGAGAUAUCCGUCGACAAAUUGUGUACAUAAUCGUAAUGACGUGUGCGUAAAGCUCGAUUGCUCGUGAAAACGAUAAAGAACAGCGCAGUUACUGUGAUCCGUUCGCUCGUCAUUCGUUUAUCCCGAGCGUUCCCUCGGAUGACCGCGGGAUUCCGAUUUUUAGAAUUUAUUUCGCGAAUUUAUUAUUUAAUAAAGCGACGGUAAAGCAUUUUUGUUUCUCGUUCGCUUGCGUUCCGUUGCUUCGUUUCCUGAAUAUCGUAAUAAGCGUACCGAACCGCGCGCGAUUUACAGUAGUUUGUAGGUUUUAAACGUGAUUUACGCCAAAUAUUAAGAUGCAUUAACUAGCUAUUUAUAUUAUAUUAUAUAUUAUAAUUAUUAAUAUUAUUAUUAUUAUAUUAUAUUAUACACGUAUAUACAUAUAAAUAUGGUACUCUCUCAUGUGGAAACAAGUCUCAUAUCGAUAUCACGCGUUCCAUUCUUCGUAUCUGUUGUACCCGUGUAUCUGUUUCGUUUGCGAUUUAUAAAAAUGGAAGUUAAAAAGCAAGUGCAACUCACGCAACUCAUGUCAGUUUUACAGCGUUAAUUUCAUGUUUGUUCUUUUGCAACCUGCACUGUUUAUCAAAUACGAUUAAUAAAGCUUUUCCCGAUAAUUCUCGAAAUCAUUCAUUAAAGACGUUUCGCAAAAUGCCGAUUAAUUGUAAUUAAUUAAUAAUAUUUGCAUUACGGAUAUAAUUAAUAUAUGAUAGUCAUAAAUAUUAAUUGCAUAUUGUAUUACAAUAUGCAAUUAAUAUUAUCUUUGAUUACAAACAUGCGAUUAAUCGGAUUUUAGAAACGUAUUCGAUGAAUCCACUGAGAGCAACUAGUACGUACAAUAAUUUAUUGUUAAAUAUUUCACGCGUUUUCGUGUUUUGUUUGAAGUUUAUGAUCUUUGAUGGAGUUCAAGUUUCGAUUAAUCGAGAUUUCUGAAUUUGUUGGAUCUACCGAGACGUAAUUUACGUGAAUUUUCCUCUUGCAGGAGUUUUGCGAAUUAGCAGAUUAAAUUAUAACAUGCACUCUACUACGGUUGAUGAUAUCGAGACGCGAUCGGUGUUCGUAUGAUGCUUGAGAAAGAGAGUGAGAGUUUUUACUUUAUUACUAUUCCAAUCAUUCGAAAUUAUUAAGCGGCGCACAUAUGCACGUCAUCAUCAUUAUCAUUAUCAUAAAUGCACCAGCAAAUAUUUAAUGUACUGCCACGAAGCUUAUUAUACUUAUAUUGGAAAAUAUAAUUGCGAAAUUUUACGUCCACCGCAUCUGUGUUUCAUUCUUUUCACCGUUUCGACGUCUCUUUCUGCUUGCUUUUCGUCGUCUGAUACAGUAAAAUUACAACAGUAUCAGUUAUAAUCUAACACAAUUAAAUGUGUAAUUUUUAUUCCUUGGUUUUGUGCUACUGAAGAGACAAUCGUAUGAUUUGUCAAUUAUACGUAUUCAUAUUCAAAAUUAUAUUGUAAAAUCAUUUAUCACAAAGCAGUCAUCUUGGUUUUAUGUCAGAAGCGAGGAGUGACACGGUGUAAGAUUCUUGCGUUUUAUAGCUUUAUUUUCUAAUUUUUCCCCAUAAAAAUAAUUUUGUAAUCUUGAAACUUGUAAUCUAGAAUGUGCCGAAAACUCUCUGUCCAAUGGAUUUGGUAGAACUGUAAAAUAAUUUCCGAAAUAAGAAUAAUUUUUAAGUUA